GCCAGCCCCUCCGGUCCCCACUGAAGGAAGCGGUGGUGAAUGUCCCGGAUGUCAUACGGCGGGGAAGAAGGAGAGAAAAUGGCGGCGGCUGCUGCUGCGACCGGGGCCGAGCGCAAGGAGGUGGACGCCGCCCUGCGGCAGUGCGCCGCCCACCUGCGGCCCGGGGCCGAGCCUGGCCGCCGGCUCCAGGCGCUGCUCGCCCUCCGCCGCAAACACCUGAAGGAGCCCGGCGCCGACGAGCGUUUCCCGUGGCGCGGUGGCGUCCGCCGCCUCCUCGGCAUCGUCCAGCGCUACAACAACAACCCGCCGGGGGAGCGGCCCGGGGCCGAGCGGAGAGCGACCGGGAACCUCCUGGAGCUGGAGCUGAGCCUCAGUAUUUUGGCCAAUUGCUGCACCCGAGAGGGGGCCCGCGCCGAGGUUCGUAAAUUGGGUGGGAUCGCUCCCCUGGUCAGCAUCCUGAAGGCCUCCCACACAGUGAGUGUCCUGAACCGAGCAGCUCGGGCCCUGGGAAACCUGGCUUUGGAGGCAGGGAACUCCGUCACCAUCCACCGGGCAGGUGCAGUGCCCCCGCUAAUCGGCCUGCUGACCCUGACCGAGGAGGCAGACUGCCUGCAAACGGCGCUGCGGACGUUGCGGAUCCUGUCGGAUACCACGUGCCACCGCCAUGCCCUCACUGCCCAGGUGGUGCCCCCACUGGUCGCAGUGCUGUCCCGAGAGGAGCCGGGUUUGCUGGGGGCGGCCUGCAGGGCGGCGGCCGAGCUGACCCGCUGCUGUGCCGCGCCCUGCGCCCUGCAGCUCUCGCGCCAUGGGGGGAUCCCACGCCUGGCCUCCCUGGCGGCCCACGAGCAGCGGGCGGUGCGGGAGGGGGCACUCUCUGCCCUGGGUAACCUGUGCGCCCAGGGCUUCGUGCGGCCCAGCGUCGGCGGGGCUGGUGGUGUGGGCCUGCUGCUGAGGGCGCUGCGGUCGGAUCCCGCAUCCCCCUCGGCGCCCGCUCACCUUCGGGCGCUCUGCCUGUGCUGCCGUGAGGCCGGUGAACAGGGCUCGGUCAGGAGGACGGGGGGCCUGGACCUGCUGGUUUCCCUCCUAAAGGAGCCCGGGCACCGUGCCAGUCAUCCCCGGGUCCUGGGGGCGCUGCUGGCCUUCUUCUACGACCAGACUGCCAUCGAUUACCUGCACGCCCGUGGCCUGGUGCCCCGUUCUGUUGGCACAGCUCCUCAGGCUCUCUGGGGUCUGCCCGGGGCUCGCGCCGCCCACCUCCUCCCUCGGGACGGGAGAGAAGCUGCUUCCUUCGACUACCCCCUCGAGAGGCCCGUCCAGGCAGAGGAGCAGCUGACCGAAGCCUCGUCCAGCUUCUGCAGCCUCCGGUAA